AUGGAGCAAAUUUUGAAUCUGAUCGAAGUGGAUAGUGCAAAUAGUAAUAUCAAAGUUUCCAUAACCGAGUCAACAAUGAUGCAGAUUCUUCACAAAUCAAUGGACAAAGCAUACCGGAAAGUUAAAUCAAAAACCGGUGUAAUCGAACGUUUGAAUGAAAUAUCGAAAUUCUACCAACUCGCGGUGAUUCAAUUAGAAGGUUGUUUGAAAUUCGUUCAACAAGAAAGAGGUAAUUACGAUCUAGAAACUAGCCAGGAAUUAUUGCUUGACGACUUGACAGAGAUCAAGGAUCGGCUUCAAGGUCGACUUAAGGAAGUCGAAUCCGCGAUUUCUGAUAAGGAUAAAGAGUUAUCGGAGAGAUUAGGGAAUGAAUUGAAGCUUAAAAAGGCAUUGGAGAGGAGUGAAAAGAAAAGGGAUUCAUUGUAUGCUGAUCUUGAAGAACAUAGGAAAAAUGAGGGCAUUGAUGAGUUGUUUCUUGGGAGUCAAGCAAGCAUCGAAGCCGGGGAUCGAGAAGGCGAAUUUUGUGAGUUGAAGCAUUCGGUUGAUCAGCAGGUGUGGAACAUUCAACAACAGCUCGAGCCGAAUUAUCAGAUUCAAGAUGAAGAAAGAAAUCAAGGGAUCGACAAUAAGAAAAUCGAGCAGAUGGGGUCAGAUAUCGGGAUUUUGAAGGGGACUUUAGAUCUUGCCUUUUGUAAGAUGCAGAAUGCAAUUUUUUUAUCCGAACUCGGGCCGAUCGAGCAUCAAUGGAUGUGGAACAUUGAGAGAUCUAUAUCUGCAGUUGUGAUUAAAGAUCUGUUGAAAGGUUUCCGAGAGAAUUUUGAAGACGAAGUGAAGAAACAAGAGUUGCAGGCCUCGUUAGGCUUGCGGAAACAUUUAUCCAAGGUGAUUCGAGAGAUUAAUGUCCUUAUCCACGAGCUUCGGUUUGUUAGUAAUCCGGAUGAGGCUCAAGUCAAGAAACCGAAGGAAAUUCUGAAAGCUAGACGUUUUUUGGAGGGUCAAGAUCUCGGGAAAUUGGGUAUAAUCAAGCAACACGGAGAAGAGGAUUCCGGAAAUGAUCAUGGAAGCCAUGUUGUAAAGAUGAUAAAGAAUCAUGAGUCUAUAAUCCGGGGAAAGAGUGAGGAGCUCGAUUUGUUGACACGGGAACUUCUUGGAGAAAAAUCAAGUCCACCAACAUGGAAAGAAAAGGAUUCCGUCAAUCCGAAACAACGAAUUCAAGAACUUAUGGUGAGAUUGGAGAGUUUAAUCAACUCGAGUCCUGAAAUAGAUGAUGUUUUUUUUGAUAAUAAGUAUGAUUGUGAACUGCAAAAGCCUCUCAAGACAAGGCCGUUUACAGAUGACAGAACCGAUAUCAAGGAAUGCGGUGCUCACAGUAUGGAAGAAAUAUGGGAACAAGUGAACAAAAGCUCAGUUCCUGAAACAAGAAAUGAAGCUCAUUGUAGCGAAAUAAAGCUUGUGAAACAAGAAAUGGAGGAUUCAAAUCUUCAAACCCGGCUAAUGGAAGACAUUCAAUUAACUCUUUUCAAAAGUUUGGUGGAUGAAUUUCAUGUUGAGAUGCUUAAUCAUCACAUGCAUUUCCUAAUUAAAGAAGGUAUGUACGAAAACUUUAUCCAGGAAAUGAAAACCGAGUGGAACAAGGAAAUGGGAAGUGCGAAAUACGAUACCUUGUUCCCCAAGGCAACGGCGCGUGAAAGUCACCAAGCAAAUAGCGGAUUAGAUCAUUCGGAGGGUACGGUGCCGUUACUCUAUUCUGAAAACACGAACCUAGAGGAGUUAAUUCACCCUGAUUACUUCUUUAGAGAACUUUGGCACGACAUUUACACGUUCCUCCUGCGGGAAAUACUCCGGGAAUGGAAUGAAUAUAUAGAAACUUUCGAGUCUGUAAGUUGUUUAAGUGAGGAAAUUUGCUUGCUUGUCUUUGGUGAGAUCUUUAGAGACAUUAUAAACACUUCCAAUUCCUCAUUAAACAAACUACGAGAGAUCAAAGCCAAUGAUAACUUCUUCGAAACUGUGGCAAUGUCGAUCAAGGACGACGUUCUGAAGGUUUUCCUAGCAGAUAUAAUCAAGGAAUUACAUAUGAAAAUAUAUGCAUUUAGCCUCGAGAGUCUCAUAAGGGAAGAUGUUUUUCAAUUGGUCAUUGUUGAGGCAGUGAAACAAGGUUGCAUUGUAAAGGAAACCGAUGACCGGAGGAAUCGAGACCAAAGUCCGAACAACUCGAUCUCUGCCGACAAUUUGAGACAUACAUUAGAUAAACUAGUCAAGUUUUUCGAAGACGAAGAAUCUCUAAUCCUAACCGCCUGUUCCGAAACAAAGCAACAGAAGAUCCGCCUUCAACACGUCAUGUCCAGAUUCAAUUUCGACCAACAUGAGCAUUGUCCCGGGUUUUUAACCUAUGAUGGAAACAGUACUAAUUCAGCAGAUAUCAAGCUUGAGAAAGCUUUACUACAAUUGGAUUAUGGCAAGGCAUCAUUGAAUGAGUUAGGGUCCCAGUUAGGCAUAACAAUAAAUAAUUUAGAUCCAAUUAUUACCACUAGAAAUUGCAGGAAUCCCUCCAUUGAUGAAUAUCUUGAAACCUUCUUCCAGGAUAUAGCGCAAAUGUUGAAGAGUUUCGAGUUCGAAUCAUGUAUGGAAUUAGGAAGGCAUUCUUUGAGGUUAGAAGAAAUGGAGGGUGAGGUAAAUUUAGUUGCUAAGCUCAUUGCCUCACUCAUCCAAAAGGAAUCACUUUACAGGAAAGCUUUCAUAAGGAGAUGUGAGAAUCUACAAAUGGCUGAAGCUGAGGUGGACCUUCUUGGAGAUCAAGUGGAGCAACUUACAGAACUACUUAAGAAGAUAUAUGCAAAACUACAUCAACAUUCUCCACUUUUGCACCACUAUUUUGAGGUUUCAGAAAUGUUGAAGCUAAUAGAGAAAGAAAUAGGAGAAAGAUGA